AUGGCCGAGCCAAGGAACCCGUCUCGCCCGCCGCUCCACACCGUGCUUCCGCCCCUCGUCCUCGGCACGGCGACCUUCAACACCCAAUAUGUCUCAGACCCGCACUCGAUGCCCUAUCGCGACAUCGUCGCCCGUGCCCUCUCCCUCGGCGUCAAUGCUUUCGACACGAGCCCCUACUACGGGCCAUCCGAAACCUUGCUCGGCACCGCCCUCAACGACCUGAUGAACCCCACCACCACCACCACCCCACCAACUGUCCCACUGCCCCGCUCCAGCUUCUUCCUCAUCACCAAAGCCGGGCGUCUUGCGUCCACCUCGUUCGACUACUCGCCUUCGUGGACGGCGGGCGAGGUGCUGGCGGCGGUGCGCGAGCUGCGGCGGCUGCGCGACGAGGAGGGCGUCGUGCGCUACGUGGGCAUCAGCGGCUUCCCCGUCGACACCCUGUGCGCCCUGGCCGAGAUGGUGCGCGCCGAGACGGGCGAGCCGCUGGAUGCAGUGCUGAGUUAUGGGCAUUUUACGGUGCAGAACCGGGCGUUGGGGUUGCCAUGGGUGGGUGGGGAGGAGGUGGUGCAGGGUGGGGAUGGGCGUCGUCGUCGCGUCGGCGAGGAUCAAACGCGGGCGGUGGAUGUCGUUCUGAAUGCUAGCAUACUCGGCAUGGGCCUGUUGACGAGUCGGGGGAUACCGGCAGAUCCGCCUAGUGACAAGACGGAUUCUCUGCUGGUGCACUGGCAUCCCUCGCCACCGGAGCUGCGCAUAGCUUGUAAGAAGCUUGCAGAACUGUCGGCUGCGGCAGGCGAGCGCCUGGAAUCGGUGGCAAUACGUUGGGCGAUAGCCGAGUGGGCGCGGAUUGCGGCGGCGGCUGGCUUGGGAGUUGACAUUGCAGCUCCGGGUGUCGGUCCCCAGAAGGUUGGCGUUACUGUCUGUGGUGUGACGACGAUUGGGGAACUGGAAGAGACGGUCGCAGAAUGGCGUGGCGUCCUCGCCAGCCUUGCGCUUGGUGGCAGCGAUGAAGUGUAUGGUCCAGCACGCCAGGAAAAGGUGCUGAGCCUGGUCCGGAACGAAUUGUGGCCUGCCUUACAAUCGUGGCUGGAUUAUACUUGGGACAGCCCAGGAGCUGGUUUUGUAAACACGAGGCCGGAAGCUGAUCGGGGAAUAACUCCGGAUGAUGGCAUAGUUGCUGCAUUCGAGAAGGCGAAGCAAGACACCCAGUCCACGGCCAGCACCAGGUAG